AUGUCUUUGCACAUCUACAUAGCUCACACCGGUGAGCAUUUCCUUCAAGAUCCGGUGUCCUUCGCCUCGCUGGACGCCCUGCGAUCAUGGAUUACCCGCUAUACCUCGAUCCCUCCCCAGCGGCAGAUCUUGAUGACUGCUCGGGGGAAAAAUGUCAAAAUCCAAACGCUUGCCACGGAGAGCGAGGUAUUCGUCUACGAUAGGCGAUAUGUCAGUGAACCAAACAGCUUCGAGCUCCCGGAGCUGCCUCCACCGCAACCACUCCAAGCCGAGAACCCGCCCGAUACCCUCACAAACCAGACCGACCUACAAGCAUGGAGGAAUCUCUAUCUGGCGAGAAAAACUUGGGCGGUGAAUCUUACAGAGCGCUGCGAGUCGGCGGAUAAGCAGACUCAUGAACACAACGAGCGCACGGAUGUUAUCAACCGAGCUGCUAGUGUAGCUCUCGAGAACCUCAAAACCCACGUCGGCACCCUAGAGCAUCGGUUUCAAGAGGCCCAGUCAUGGGCCAACGACCUGCUAAGUCAACAGCAAGCAGCACUCGAUGGAUGGAGAAGAGCACUGUCAAACUUGGAUAGCAUCCCAGCUCGGAAGGACUUCCCCUUCUUGGGCCGUCCGUCCACACCGACAAAAGGCAGGGAUAAGGCGUUGGGCACACUACGAGACUAUGUGGAUACAGACGAGGUGCAGAGGGCUGGCUCGGAAGCCCCAGACGUAUCCGCGCGCUUCGCUCAUCAAGUUAGCAAUACUGAGAAGAAUGUUAGUAAGAUUGCUGCAGAUACCCAACGCCUGAUAGAUGAAGCAUUCCCCGCGAGUGUUGAUUCUGUGGACAAUAUCUUGGAUGAAGUUAAGACAAUAUCCAAGAAGAUACAAUCCGACUACGAACAUGUGCUGGCCUUGCCCAAUAAUCAAAAGACGCUAGCAAACAUCUCCAGGCUUGCUCUCAGCCACACAAAAGACCUUCUACCGUCGCUAUUUGACGUGAGUAACGAAAUUCAGGCUGGCCUGGAGGAAGCCGUGAGACGAUAUAAUGCGGCAAUGAAAGCCGCUUUGAGUCAAAUGCGACUCAUAUCUUCUAUCGAGUUACGUCUGGCUGAUGUGCAGAACCAGAUCAGCACCAUGACCUUCCAGAGUGAGGUCUUUGACGCUAUAUACACAGUCUUCCACAUGCCCCUGGUUUAUGGGUCUGUUCUGAUCGAGUCUGUGCGGCGUCGUGAGUUUAACGAUAAGAUGAAGAAUGACUCACUGACACUGGCGGAGGAAAUGUCGGUAUUUCGGGACGAGGAGCAGCGUCGAAGAAAGAAAUGGUUGAAGAACAUGGCGGAUUUUAUCUCUAUCUCAGAUUCCACGACCCCAGGAAUCGAAGUUAAUCUACGGGGCCAGGUGCAGGAAUGGCCUAUGGUCAGUAGAAAGGAGGUUGAGUCGUAUAUCGAGGACCUAAAGACCAAGACUGGCAUGGGAAACCAUGCCCAAGAGCUGUGCCAGCUCUUCAAAGAAUUGGACACCCCAACACGGCUGCAGCGCCGCAGAGCAAAAGCCUUCAAACAAGGGAGUCUUUUUGACCUGAGCCGCAGUUCGCUUUUACUUCGCAGCGAUGAUAUGGUUCGAAGCUUGAAAGACGAAAAGGUCAAGCUUGAAGACCGGCUGAAAGGCUCCGAAAGCCGCGUUCGAAAGCUAGAGGAUCUUCUUCAUCGCCAAAGCCACAUGAGUCGACCCUCCAGCGGCAACUUCUCAUUGGAGUUUCCCAGUUCGCCGGCAUCACCUCAUCCCGAUUCGCUGUCAAGGAGAUCAUCGGUAUCUUCGAGGCGGAUGUCUUCAAAUCAAGCUCCAGAGGAGAAGGCCCUUGUUCAGCGGAUCACUCGCCUCGAGGCCGAGUUGGCGACCGAGCGAGAUUUGGUGCAACGACUCCAAAGGGAGGCGCAUGCCGAGCGCCAAUCCAAUACUGACAAGAUACAAGAAGCUCAAUCGACCAAGAAAGAUCUGAUUGGAAAUCUGGAAGCCCGCCAGCGUGAAUUUGAUGAUGAGCGGAGAUUUCUGGAGGGAGAACUCAAGAGGCUUAGGAUCAGGACAGAGGAACUUGAAGAGGAAAUGGACAGGAACCUUGACAGUCGCGAACACGAGAAACAGGACGCUGAUGAGCGGAUACACCAUCUUGAGAUGGAGCUGCAAGAUGCCCAUGCUCGAGCCGAGGAUGAGCUACGGAAAGCAGGUCAGAUGAUUGAACAGUUGCAAUCAGAGAAGGAUGCGGGAGAUACUCUUCGGGCUCGCAUUGACGAGCUACAAAACCAAGUGGCAGAAGAUGAAAGGAAGGAUAAAGAGAACACCCAUGCCCUACAGGUGGCUUUCCUUAACUUGUCUCCCGGGGGCGCUGUUCCUGCCGAGAUCCCCAAUAUCAUCAAGGCGAUCGAGGUGCUCUCCGAGGGGCUGACUAUUCAUGCCAAGAGCGCAGAAGAGAGUGCCACGAAGGCUGUAGCUGAAAGCAAGGCACUCGAGGAGCGUCUGGGCCAAAUGGAGUCUGAAGCCGAAGAGCUAAGAAAGCGCGCAGCUUCGCAAGAGUCCGAACUCUCCCGGGCCCACAUUGAGCUGGCCGAAGAAAGAUCGAAACUGAGCAUCGUGAGCUCUGAACUGGAGGAUGAACGAUCGAAACUCAUUACUUUGCAGUCCCAGUUUGCUGCAGGCGAGACAGGAUCCGAUGCUCUGCGAGAACGCGUUACAGAAGAAGAACGCAAGUUAACGAACCUGGCCCAAAGGCUGGCCGAGGUUGAGUCUUUGGCUCGCCAGUCCGAAGAAGAGGUUACUGCCUGGAAGAAGAAGGUAGAAGCCAUGUCCGAGGCGGAGCAGCAGGCUACGGUACGGUUCGAGACGUGCGGGUUCAGGUCUCAGGAACUAUCGAAGCAGCUUUUCGCACAGGUGGAGAAAUUGGAGCGCAUGCUGGAGCAUUUGGGAUUCACCAUUAUUCGUCAGGAUGGGGACAUAGUUGUCCAGAGAUCCUCCAAAGUCAAUGCCCUCUCUGGCACUGGAGAUAGUCUUAGCCAGUCUGGAGUGGUGUCUGUGAGGCCGGAUGCAAGCCUCCUCGACUGGAUGCAUGCCGAUACCAAGGAGGAAGAAACAGAUAAGUUCAUGGCUUUCAUGGAAUCACUCUAUCAAUUUGAUGUGGAUAUCUUCGGUGACGCGGUUGUCAAACGUGUGAAAGACAUCGAGGUACUUGCUCGAAAAUGGCAGAAAGAAGCCCGCGGAUAUCGAGACAAGUAUCAUCGAGUUCAGAGUGAAGCCCACGAAAAGAUCGCCUAUCGGACUUUCAAAGAAGGGGACCUUGCUCUGUUCUUGCCAACCCGGAAUCAAGCUAUCCGGUCUUGGGCCGCAUUCAACGUUGGCGCACCGCACUAUUUCCUGCGCGAACAAGACGCCCAUAAGCUGCAGACACGGGACUGGCUGCUCGCUCGCAUUACCAAGAUCGAAGAACGAGUUGUCGAUCUCUCCAAGUCCAUGAACGGUGCCAACCCUGACCGCCGGUCCAUCGGCGAGGUGAGCGAUGGCACCUCAUUCGAUGACGAAAAUCCGUUCGAGCUGUCAGACGGUCUUCGCUGGUACCUAUUAGAUGCCACGGAGGAGAAGCCGGGCGCACCAGCGACUCCAGGCCUGGGCAAGAGCACCGUUGCGCCAGCGCACGUAGACGCCAAAGGCAGCAUCCGCCUGAAGCGCACAUCCGCCGGAGGAAACGUUGCCAGAACAUUGACCAAGAGCCUAGACAGCCGACGGAAUAGUUCCAACUCCAAGAAAGGGCAUUCCUCGACACCAUCACAGCGCGGCAACGAAUCAACCACCGAUCUAGUCCGACAAGCCGAGCAGGAUCCCGCUGCUAGCUUACACUCACGGGAGGCAGUCCCUAGACCCGACGAGGGCACGGAACGAACUCACCAGCGAAGAAUCUCAGACGGUAGAGCGUCGCCCUUUUCCCCGCGUGUCGAAGACCUUGACGCUUCAUCCAUUCGCUCGCCCAGACGUUCAACGGCUCGCUACCGACCAUGGGAGAAACUCUGGUCUGUCGAUUACCGUCUGGAGAGCGGUAAUAGUAGUCGCUGA